AUGUUUGAACGAACGCUACUUUGUCACGUUUCCUCCCAUUCCGACACAAGGACAUAUCACAACAUGGCACCGACCAACGAAAAACCAGAUUGCAUCACUUUGGCAAAUUAUUUUCGAAAAGUAGGAGACGAGGUUGAACUUUUCCAAAGUCUUCCUGCUCUGGAUAUUGGCGCAGCACUACUGGAACGCAUGGACCGAUUAAUGCUCGAGACGGCAUCGUUCCGCCGCGAGGUUCAGUCAGAGCUUACGUCGUUCCGCCGCGAGGUUCAGUCAGAGUUUAUGUCGUUCCGCCGCGAGGUUCAGUCAGAGUUCACGUCGUUCCGCCGCGAGGUUCAGUCAGAGUCCACGUCGUUCCGCCAAGAAUUUGACAUAAAGCUCCGAGCAAUGAAUAAGAACAUUUCGUCACGACUGGUUAACCAAUGGGCACUAUCCCCGGAGGUGUCGCUUUCGCCCAUGUACAAUGUCUCCACUGGCGAUGAGAUAGCCAAUUGUCCCAAAACCUAG